ACCACUCUUAUACGCAUUUCACCACCACACACAAGUACUGAUAGUGGGUGACUUUUCUAGCUUAGCUAGCUACAUGUACGUUGAGGGAGCAAUACCUGUUCUUUAUUUGGCUGUUCUUUAUUUCUGCUGGUUUAUAUGAUUAACAAAUAUAGCUUAUUUUCUCCUAUAAAUUUCUCCUAUAAUUGCAAGAUGAAUUGCAUGAUCUUCACCGCAAUACGCAGAAGUCGUACUGUUUCUGCAUUUAGCACUUUUGGAGGGCUGUCGCGGAGACUGAACACUGCAAACCGAAGGCAGCUGUGCAAUAAAGUGCAUGAAGAGGCAUCCGUGCCAGCACAUGCACGGCAACCUGGGUUCAAACUGCCUGGUUUUCGACCAUCUGCUAUGGACAAAAGAAUUCUGUUAUGGGCUGGACGUUUUAAAACCCAUGAGCAAAUCCCAGAGAUGGUGUCAUUUGAGAUGAUUGAUGCAGCCAGGAACAAGGUGCGGGUAAAGGCCUGCUGUCUCAUGAUCGGCAUGACCAUCCUUGCCUGCAUGGCCAUGAUUUUUAUGGGAAAAGAGGCAGCACGGCGUAAUGUAAACCUGACAGCCAUAAACUUGGAGAAGAAAGCUCGGUGGAGACAGGACGCUCAACAGGAGCAAGCGGGGCUGCCUGCCCAAGCAGAGAAGCCGCAGUGAAGACCCUAGCAGAGCUCCAGCCACUGGGGGAAUCCUAGGACUUCCCCCUUCAAAAUCUGCCACAUUAGUACACCUUUUAUCAUGUUUCGUCCAGUAUAGCUGGCCGAAAGUUGGGUUUCUAGCAUACAAAGGUUUCUGCAAGUAGAUAUUUUGUUUAUGGUGCGAGACAUAGAAAUGGACUUUUCUCUUAAUUUGUUUAUGGUGUGAAAUGUAAUAUAUAUAUAUGAACUUUUCCUUUAGUUUGAGAGACUGUGUUUGUAAGUGUUUAACUUUAAAUUGUUACAAUAAAUACAAAUUACCCCAUAA